UUCCUAGCUUAUAAAUAGAAUUAUCUUGCAGAACAGAAUUGAUCCGAAAAUAUAAUUUUUUAAAACCUUUACCUUCCAUUUUAGAAUCAAUACUGUAUAUUAGUUCCAAGGCAGAAGAGUGAAAAGGGCUAGGCAAUGGGGGUUCAGUGACUUGCCCAGGAUCACAUAGAUAGGAAGCAUCUAAGGCCAGUUUUGAACUCAGGACUUCCCAUCUUUAGGCAUGGCUCUCUAUCCACUGAGCCACCCAACUGCCCCCCUGAAAAUAUGAUUUUUUAAAAAACUCAUGUGAUCUGGUUUCAUUCUAAGAGAUACUUAAAUAAAUUUAUUAUUUUAGAGACUUAUUGCUAGGCUCCAUCUAACUUUUAUUUAAAUGACUGGAAAUCAACUGAGAAAAAAUUGAGAAGCAGGAAUCUCAUUUUAUAGCUAAAAACCAAGGGGGCAGCUAGGUGGAUUGAGAGUCAGAGCCAGAGACCUGGGUUCAAAUAUGGCCUCAGAUACUUCCUAGCUGUGUGACCCUGGACAAGUCACUUAACCCCCAUUGCCUAGCCUUUACUGCUCUUCUGACAUGAAACCAAUAGACUAUUGAUUCAAAAACAGAAGGUAAGGGUUUUAAAAAAAACCUCAUAAUCCAUAAAAGGGAAAAUGCUCAUCUAUUAGAUUUUGAAAGGUGGGGAAGAAAAAUCUCGUUUCCAAAAGCAGCCCAACAAAAAACAACUAGAACAAAGGAGCUGAACUGUGUGGCCACUGCACCCUGGUGCAACUGUUCCAUGCCCUCUUCUCACCACAUGGUUCUAUCUUCCCCCAAGCCAUGCGCCAUCUUCCCUGCAGGCUUCUCUGCAUGGGUUACAGGAAAGUCGAUUCCAAUUCCUUCCCAUCCGCACUGGCUGUGCCUAUGAAAUGACAAGUGGGUUUUUGUGUUCUUUUUAUCAAUUAUGGUCAGCUGCAGUGACAAGGGAGGCCAGGAUGCUUUCCUGCCCGUUAAUCAAGGCCACACAGACAAAGCUCAAGGAAGGAUGACCCGUGGCUCAGGAAGUUUUGAGUCAGUUGCUAUUUUAAGUCGCACACAGUAGAACUUGAGCUCAGGACCUCAUUCAGGAUGGAGGGGAAAGUUUUCAGCCAAAUCCUACAUGUGAGGAAACGGCUAAUGGGCCUGACUGAGUGAGACCUCUGUGUGAAAGGAAGGCAUGUGAGACAGUGGCUGACUGUUCCAGAUUAAGCUCAUGGUUUUUCUACAAAAGAAUUUUUUUAAAGCCAUUUCAGGUUGCAGAUGAAAUGGAAAUAAUACAACCAUUGGGAUUACAACUGAAGGAGAAGAGGAUAAUAGCCGUUUGCCAAUUCCUGCAAUGAAAGCUUUAUGAAAAUCCAGUCAGUUGACAUGCACCCAACAGGGAAUAUGGAUCUUGGUUUUUCCCGUUCUGCUGUCCAGACACUCUCAAGAAGCCAUUGCAAGAACAUCAAACAAAAGAUCUCUCAGUGGGAAGGAAGGACUAAUGGUGGCUCGAAUCCAGAACAAAGGCAACUGCGGGACUUUGGAGUUAGGUAUAAUUGUAACCGUGAUGUUUUUUCUAAGACAACAGUUGCUUCUGUAGGAAAGAGUAAAAAGUUGGAACCAUACUCUCCAAAUCUGGGACUGGAUCUGAGGGAAGAAGAAGAGGUCAAAGAUUAUGAUCAAAGUGAGGAUGAAAAUGAGAGACAUGAAUAUGAUUCAAGUUUAUUUAACAAUGAAGCAGAAACCAAAUGGGUGUGUUCUCAGGUCAAACAAAUCAAAAGCUGUAAAGAUGAUGUUUUGAAUCCAGAGAAUACAUUGCCUCCUGGAAACUUUUAUACCUCAAGAGUAUUGUGGAAGAAAAUGGAAGCACUUCCUCCAGAUAAAGUCUUGAAUUUGUCUUUAGAAAGCUGUGGCUCACCAGAGAAAGAACUAGAUUUCAGAGUUCUGGAUAAGCCAAAUGGAAUAACCAAGAGUUUAGAAAAUGUUUACUCUGACCCUGAGGGACAAGAAGCUGGUCCUUCUAUAAACCCUCUGCCAAAGCCUCGUAGGACAUUCAGAUAUUUAUCUGAAACAGAUGGUUUGCCACUUAAAAAUAUUAACUGUGGAAGAGAGUACUGGGACAAGCAGCCACUGGAUAAAUUGUUUGUAGAGGCUACUGUGCCUUCUGCUCCAGUUCUUGAAACAAAGAAAUAUGGUGGAAAAAUUAGAAGGCGAUCUAAAAGGAAAUCCUUUGAGUUUGAGGAUAUCCAGCACUUUCGGAAUCGAAACUCACCUAAGAUCCAUGAAGAACUUGGAGGAAACUCUGGAUCAGCACUUUAUUACACACAAUCAGAGGACAAUAUCUAUGAGGAUAUUAUCUAUCCUGCCAAGGAAAAUCCAUAUGAGGAUAUCAAAGUAACCCCUGUACCUGUGUGGAGGGCUCCCUCAACAUGGAGGCUGCCACCUCCUAAAAAUACUUUUAAGCCACCCAAGCUUCCUCCCAAACCCCCAUUCCUCCACCGAAAGACUAUGGAUCUGAAGAACUCCCAAGCCUAUUUUCGUUCAAAGCUCACAAAGGAUACAACUUUGCCUGUCACUUUAACAGAGUGGAAAGUAUUCCGAGCUGGAGAAGUUGCAAACAGGAAAAGAAAAAAUCUCCCAAGGCUCGUGUUGAAAAUACAGGAUAUUUUUGAUUCGAAGAGAGGAAAGAAGAGAGUAAAAUUGCUUCCUUUUACCGGGAAGGAAACACCCCCUGCCAAAGGUGAAGCCAGUGGCAACGAAAGUGAUGCCGAGUAUCUGCCAAAGAAUCGCCACAGACGGAUAGCUCAGCUACAGCAGGCGUCCAAGAGGAACCCUCACUACCAGACUCUGGAGCGGGACCUCAUCGAGCUACAGGAGCAGCAGCUAUUUGAACUCUUUGUGGUGGUGUCCCUGCAGAAGAAACCCCUGGAAAUAACGUACACUCCUCAGGUCAUCCAGCAGUUCCCCAGCAAGACUGACCAUCCCUUCAAGCAAUCCAAAGACACUGAGGAAAGGCUCAAAGUCAUCCCCAGCUUCUGUUUCCCUGAUGAUAAGGACUGGGUGCCCACAUCAGAACUCAAGAGUGAAACGUUCUCCUUUGUGCUGACGGGGGAAGAUGGGAGCCGGUGGUUUGGUUACUGCAAGAAGCUCUUGCCAGAAGGCAAAGGAAAGAGACUGCCUGAGGUAUAUUGCAUGGUUAGUCGGCUGGGCUGCUUCAAUCUUUUUUCAAAGAUACUGGAUGAAGUGGAGAAGAGGCGAGAGAUGUCUCCGGCCCUGGUACAUCCUUUUAUGCGGAGCGUCAUGGAAGCCCCUUUCCCUGCUCCUGGACGUACCAUCACUGUCAAGAGCUACCUCCCAGGGGCAGGAGAUGGGUCAAUUGAACUCUGCCGACCGCUUGAUUCUAGGCUUGAACAUGUUGAUUUUGACUGUCUAUUUAAAUGUCUAAGCGUAUGUCACCUCAUCCGAGUCUGUGCCUCACUCCUUUUGGAAAGAAGGGUUAUAUUUGUUGCCAACAAUUUGAGCACUUUGUCUAAAUGUGGCCAUGCUGUGGUGGCCACACUAUAUCCCUUCACCUGGCAGCAUACCUAUAUCCCAGUCCUUCCCGUCUCCAUGAUUGACAUCGUAUGCUCACCCACCCCAUUUCUCAUUGGCAUCCUGUCCUGCUCCUUACCACUGCUCCAGGAUCUGCCCAUUGAAGAGGUGCUAAUCGUGGAUCUCUGUGCAGACAAGUUCUUGCAGGAGGUUUCUGAUGAAGAUGAAAUUCUGCCACCAAAACUCCAGGCUGCUCUGGUGCAGAUUUUGGAAGAACGGAAUGAAAUCUUGGCUCAAGAGCAGAGUACUCCACAAGUCGAUGUGACACUCAACACCCUGGUAUCUGAAGCUUUUGUCAGGUUCUUUGUGGAGCUGGUGGGACAUUAUUCUCUGAACAUGACUGUGACAGAACGUGGAGAACGUGUAUUCCAGAGAGAGCCAUUCCGAAAGUCUCAUACCUCACGGAGUGUGCGUCACUUCUUGGAUCUGUUCAUGGAAACACAAAUGUUUGCUGGCUUCAUACAGGACAGGGAACUUCGGAAGAGUGGGGUCAAAGGCCUUUUUGAAGUUCGGGCCAUCCAGUACUUAGAAGCAAUUCCAGAGUCUGAACCUAGUGGGGUGAACAAGAUUCUUCGAAGUCUUGGAAAUAAAAUGAAGUUUCUGCAGAAGAAAUGAAAACCCAAAUUUUUAUACCUGAAAUGGAACAGGAAAUGUUGCCUGAGUCCAGGUGCCAGGAUAUGACUAGGAUUCUACAGAAUCCUUGGAAAAGCUUAAAAGGUUCAAGGAAGCAGCCAGCCUGAGGAUUUUACACAUCUCCUGGUUUAGGAAUGACUGCAGAAUUGUUGAGGGCAGUCUGAAAUCAAUGCUGUCUUCAUUUUAUAUCCAUUUUUUGGGGAAAGAAAACAUUUCUGCUUCUUAAUAUUUAGACUCAUUCUCUGGUGCUUGAAAUAUAGGGAAUUUGUUUUUCUCAAGAAAAUCUUGUUAAAUGUUCAGUUAAAAUGAACACACUAGGUAAACAUGAGCCUAAUGCUGAAUUUUAUGGUGUUAAGUGGGAAUGGUGGGGAAGUGUCCUUAACUGAGUCCUAUGGCAGCUCUGACACCUAGGAAUAAUUAGUCCAAGCUAAAUAAUAUCUCCAUGUUUUUUCAUAAUGUUCUUUUUUGUGGGAUCCCACUUGGGUGGGUGAAGUCCUACUUUUCAACACUUUUUACUUACAGGAAUCAGCAUCUUGCAGUCCAUUUCUCCAGAAACAUGGGUAUACAUUCAGUCCUGUAAGAUUAUGGCUUUAGAGAUGUUUCCUAUCAAUUUAAAAUGGACACUUUCUAGCCCUAGAUUGAAUCCACCUGAAUAACAAAAUUUGGGUUCCUCCUAAAAUUUUGUUUUGUUUUGUUUUGCUAUGGAAGAGCUGAACUUCAUGGGAAUGAAACCUCAUUAUAGGGUUAUACCACUUACCUAACUGGGAUUUUUGCACCCAAAGCAGUGCUAGUCUUUGGAAAGAGAGAACAUUUGAUGGCACUAUGUUUAAUUUCAGACUUGGGGAAUCUCCAUCCAAUAUGGAUGUGUUUAACUGGCACAAACAUAUUUAUUCCAACUUAACAAAAUCUUAGUUUUUGUUAGAAUAAAUUUUAUUGCCACUUUUACAAGCAAUGAGCUUGUGUUAAUUAUUUUGUUUUUUUUUCUGGCAAAUUAGGACCUGCCUUCACAGCCCAGUCAAGUAGUUAUACUUGUAUAAAUCUGAAGCAGACACCAUUUAAUGGCUGAUGCAGUGUAACAUACUUCCUAUAAUCUGGGCCUAGAGAGGAGAGCUAGCCCUAUGUCUAUUUUAAAACAGUAAGCAUGUUAUCCCAGCAGGGCCCCUGUUAGAUUAAACAUCUAGUUGCUCCUUUCCAAAACUUCACCCUCUUGUCUAUUUCCAAAGGAAUCCCCGAUGGGAAAACGGAGUAUUAAUAAAACAGUGAGUGAGGGUGGGGAUGGGGAGAAAUAAACUAAGUUAAAUAUAGCAGGCUGGGUCCUGUUGGUCCCUCUGUGAGGAGACCUCCCUGCCGCAGGGAUGGGGUCCAACUUUUACACCCCGUAAACUAAGGAUGAUUCCUUGGGCUGUUGUAUUUUAUUUUUAUAAAGAACUAUGGAUCAUGGGUACGUCUGUGAUAGCAGAAUUGCUCAAGAUUUGUAUAAAAUAUUGUUUACAGAUUUUAUAAUGUUUCAAAAAAUAAAAACAUUUAAAAAGUCA